UACUGAAGUAUUGGAUCGCUUCACGUCUAAGCAAAUUCUAAUUAUUCGAUCACAGUACUUCCACCAUGAAACACCACUUCACCCAGCUCGACCACGGCGUUUCCGACGACGUCAAAAUGGCGUCUGCUCUCGAAGUGGUUGUUGCCACGGUGGUCCUAGCUUUGGUUUUGCACAUCUUCUGGCGUUGCUGUCGCUCGUUUUACCUUAAUCACGUCAAGAAAUACAUUUCUUCUUCUUCAUUCGCCGCGGCCUCUAGCUUAGAGCCGUCGACGAUCGCCGCUGUGGAGGAGAUCCUCAACUACACGUUCAAAGACAAAAGACUCCUCGAGGAAGCUCUGACGCACUCUUCAUGCCGCGAAAUCAUUUCGUAUGACCGGCUCGAGUUCCUCGGCGAUGCGGCGUUGGGCUUGACGGUUGCGAUCCAUUUCUUCCGCUCGGAGCCGAAGCUGAACCCCGACCAGCUCACUCAGCGCCGAAAAGAGAGUGUGUGCAACGAGAGACUGACGCACGUGGCAGCUAGGCUUGGGCUUUACCGGUACAUCAGGAGCCGUAAUGUCAUGAGUCCAAACAUUUUGGCCGACGUUGUCGAAGCUCUAGCCGGUGCUGUCUACGUGGAUCUCAAUUUCGAUUCAACGAAACUAUGGAUGAUCUUUAAAGAUGUAUUAAUGGUGGAUGAAAUUAAGGUGCCGAAGGACUUCGAAUCUCGUGAGAUUAUUAAUGGAGCACAAGAUGAGUUGUAUAGACUAUGCGGCAGGAAAAAAUGGGGAAACCCCAUUUAUACAUACCUUGCGAAAGAAGGAUGUUCCCGACAUGAAACCACGAUGAAGUAUUCCGUUGAAAUUGAAACCGACGACGGUGUGCUCCGGCAAGAAGGUGAUGAAAAAUCUACUCCGCGAGAUGCCCGCAACUCUGCUGCUUACCGUUUGCUUCGUUCCCUGCAAAAAUCUGCUAUAGUUUGAUUCUUCUUCUUUCUUAUAGGAUCGAUCCUAUCUAUUA